UCAGAUCAUUGGGCCGCAUGUAAACAAUGUGUAAUCUUUCCAGCACGGAUCUGUAGGCCGGAGUCCUCUGACACAGUAUACGCUGUCCAGUAUGUGGUGGUUUUGGUUGAUGUUAGCUGUGGUAGGGAUCAUAGCGGUUAUCUUUAAGAUUUACCUACAGAUGGUCAAGGGCAAGUGUACCAGCAAGGCUGAUCUCACGGGCAAGGUUGCCAUAGUAACGGGAGCUAACUCCGGUAUUGGAUUUGCCACGACUGAAGAUUUUGCUCGUCGAAAGUGCCGCGUCAUCAUGGCGUGCAGAAGCAUGGAACGUGGUGAAAAAGCACGCGCCAAGAUCGUUGAAAAAACCGGGAACACCAAUGUUGUUGUCCGGAAAUUGGAUCUUGGAUAUAUGGCAAGCGUGAGGGAGUUUGUAGAUAAAAUCUUAAAAGAAGAGAGUCGUCUUGACAUCCUCAUCAACAAUGCCGCGGCGGCAGGAGCCAAAAGGCAGAUUACGUCAGAAGCUCUGGAAUACACACUGGCCACAAACCACCUGGGACCUUUUUUGUUGACGAACUUACUUAUAGAUCUGCUGAAGAAGACAGGUGCUAGUCGAAUUGUGAUGGUUUCCUCCCUGGUCAAUAUUAUGGGAAAGAUAAACUUCAAUGAUAUGACUUGGAUAAGAAAAUUUGAUACGGGCGAGCCGUAUUUUGAUACAAAAUUUGCAAACAUAUUGUUUACAAAGGAACUGAGUCGGAGACUGGAAGGUUCAGACGUUGUUAUAAACUGUCUACAUCCGGGCACUAUACGCACUAAGCUUCUCCGUGACGUACCACAGCCGUUUAAGAUCAUAUGUGACACCAUUGGCUUGUUGUAUUUCAAGAGCCCGGAUGAAGGAGCUCAAACGACAAUCCACUGUGCAGUGUGUGACGCAACUAAAGGCGUUUCCGGUCAAUACUUCAUGGAUUGCACACCAUGUGACCAUACCUGGUACAUUAAUAAGAAUGCAUACGACGAAGGAUUGGCAAAAAAACUUUGGGAGGUCAGUGAACAAAUGACCGGAAUGACGUCAUCGUGAUAUAAACACAGGGUUGAUAGUAUUGUGUCACGGUUUUGGUCUGCUCCAAUGAUAAAUUCUUUAUUAAUCGAGGCAUUCCGAAUAUCUUGUUACUUUUUGAUAAUCAGUAUUACAUGCAAGAAUAUUUUAAUUGUUUUUCCAUGUUUCAAAUAAACUAUUGCCAAAGAUGUUCUGUAUAUAGUAAUACCCAAUAUAUACACGGAAAAUUAGCACAUUUUAUCUUUUUUCAUAAAUGGUUUAAAUUUCAAAAUUUGUUGGUUGUUACGGAUACUUAUUUUCUCGUGUACAGCAAAGGUAACUUAGGGUGGAGUCGCUAGUCUUUGUAGUAGCUGGUGGCUACCUCACGGGGCAACGUACGAAGGCCUGUUGGUUGUUAUCCAGAGCAUUUAAGGUAAAGUGGCAGGGCCAAGGACACAGCCACAACAGCACAAGGCAGUCUGUUAAUAUAAACUUUAAUGAUAUCUAUGCAAACCACCCCGGAUAGGGAUAUACAUCUAACAUCGCAUCUUAUAGCGACACGUUCUUAAGAAAUUAUAUAUUGAAAAAUUAUGAAAUUCAUUUAGUUAUGGUUCUUUUGCCCCUUUCUAUUCAGAUUUUUACAUUACUUUCGACCUUUUUUUUCGGUCACCUCAUAGAAAUCAACCCUAUAUAUAUAUAUGUUUAAAUCAAAUCAACCCUUAAUUUACAUAACUGAACCAAACAGCUUACAGGUGCAUUUCAUUCGUUUUUUUAUCAAACUUUUUGUUUUGAAAGGUGCUAAUGAUUUUGUUGAUUUGUUGUUUUAUUGUUUAAAAAAUGGUACAUUAUUUAUGAGGAAUAAUGCAUUCAGUCUAAACUGCCGUGAUGUACUUCGGGAUAUGUGUUCAAUUGGCAUAAAGACGGCUUUGUUGUGUUUUCGGUAACAGGUAUAGUUACAUUGACCUGACGAAAGCAUUAUGAUAGCUAGGACAAACUGGAAAUGAGUUUUUGUGUGGUUUGUGAUGUCUUUAUUUAAAUGUUUCUUUGUUCCCGGGUUGUUGGUUAUUUGUAUUGAUUAUAUUGAAUUAGUUUAAGUUGGAUCUUGUGUGUGUCUUGAUAUUACUACCGUGUGUGCAUCAUUUGACCUGGAUUUACAAGAAUCAAAAAUCAAAUAGAAAAUAUACAAAAAAAAAUAUAAAUAUUGCUUUAGUGGUGUCGAAAUUAAGAUAUAAAGCCAUGUACGGUUGCUGUAUGUAUCUGACACAUUGAUUCUGAAAUGGAAUCAGGGAUAAGGAAUACAUCCUAAUUCAAUGAUUGGUUAACUAUUUCUACGAAUUUUUGUCUUUGUUUUUUUGUGUGUUUUGUUUUUGUUUUGUUUUGGGAUAUUUUCUAAAAUUUCAAAUCCAAUAAUUAGUUGCUAAGUGGUUCAAUCUUGCACUUUUCUCUACGUCAUAGAUAUUAUAAUGACACCAAGUAUGAUGAUAUAUGCAUUCCGCUAUGUUUUUCACUACCGAGACAAUCGUAUGACGUCAUAUAUUUAUGACGCCACAAUAGUGUUUACACGUGUUUUACGGUAUGUAUGACCUAUUCCACUGUAGGAACAAUCUGAAUAAUACCAUCUGUUCGUUGCUUCAGUUACCGAAAAGACAGAAGCCAUGAACAGAUGACUUUAAUCAGACUGGUUGAAAUGACUAGUGAUGUGAUUUCCUCUGUCUCUUGAUGUCAUACAUUGUUGGUUUUUUUUUUUUAUACUUUUUCCUUUAUACGUGUGCAUUUUGAUACUUCAUAUACAUGCAUGAUGACCUUAAUAAUUAUAUUAAUAUUAAAAUCUACCAUUUGAUA